AGAUAUUUUGAUGGAAAAUAAAAAUACUUUGACAAAGAGAAAAAUAAAAGAUAUUCUUCCUCUAACGUUUAGAUUGAUGACAGUUUGUGGCCUAUGGCAACCGUACGAUUUAUCUUUUUACUUAAAAAUUUUAUACCUUCUGUACAAAAUUCUUGUUAUGUUUAUAAUCAUUACAAUGACACUGUCAUUAGUGUGUGUGACAUUUUUUUCUUAUGACGACAUAAAAGAUUCGUUAUUUGAAAAUUUAUUCUUACUUUUUACACUUUUGAAUGGUUGUAUUAAAAUAUCGGUGAUAUUGAUAAGAAGAAAAAAGAUUUUAUAUCUUUUAAAUUCACUGGCGGAGUAUAAGGCAGAAGAUUCAAAGGAAGAACAAAUUCAAGCCGAAUUUGACGAAGAGGCUAAGCAAAUCAUAAACGUGUAUUUUUUUAUAGUCUGCAUAUCUUUAAUAACACUGAAUGGAAGUGUUUUUCUCGUUGAUAGAAAUGAGAGAAUAAAAGCUCUAAAUGUUUGGCGACCAUACGAUCUAAAAAUUGGUUUACACUUUUGGAUUACAUUUAUUCACGAAUUUUUCGGCCAUUUAUUAAUGUCUAGCUGUCACAUAUGUAGUGACACUUUAAUACCAGGAAUAAUUAUUCAAAUCUGUUGUCAAUUAAAAUUUUUACAAAACAGAUUGAAAACUUUACCUUGUAAAGUUCAAAAUGCUAAUGAGCCAAAGAGCAUAGUUGAUAAAGUAAAUAUUGAAAAACAUUUAAUUGGGGAAAUUAUUGAACAUCAUAAUGCAAUAUUUCGGAUUUCCAAGCAAUUAAAAGAAACGUUUGUAGAAAUUUUAUUUUUUCAAUUUCUUCUAAGUCUGGUGGUAAUAUGCUUUAGCAUUAUUAAACUAUCAAAAUCAAAAGCCUUCGAUUCCACAUCCAUGAUUAUUUAUCCGUACCUUUCGGCAAUGUUAUUUCAAUUAUUUGCAUAUUGCUGGUAUGGAAAUUUACUAAUGCUGAACGUAAGUUUAAUUAAUGUACAUCGAUUUAUUAUUUUACAUACAAUUUCGUUAAUAUUUUUAUUAUAAUUUAUAAUACUGUGGACUUUAUAAAUGAAAAGUAAAUUUAAUAUUUUUAUUAGAGCGCUGAACUACAUUCAUCAAAUUGGCUCUCUCUUGAAAAAGAAACAAGAAAAUGUAUCGUUAUUUUAAUUAUUAGGUCAUCACGACCAAUAAUCAUUUCAGUCGGUUCAUUAAUUUCUGUUAAUUUGGACU